GCUUACUUUCUUCCUGUCAAAUGUAUGAUGGCAGCGACGGUUGUUAAAAUGAUGUCGCAGAGCAAUGGGUUUCAGUCAAAAAAGAAAGAAGAUGCUGAUAAUAAAGACAACUUAUGGUCCUCUAUUUUAGCUGAAGUUCAAAAUAGCGGAAACAACAAGCUGCCUUCUUACAAAAAUGUGUUGGUUUUAGGUGAUAACGAAAGUGGUAAAACUACACUUAUAGCUAAACUUCAAGGUGUAGAAGAUCCAAAAAAGGGAUCUGGUCUAGAGUUUGCUUACAUUGAUGUUCGUGACGAUUACAGAGAUGACCAAACAAGGCUUGCGGUUUGGGUGUUGGAUGGAGAUCCCGGACAUACAAAUCUUUUGCGGUAUGCGUUGAAUGCCGAGAGAUUUCCGCACACUUUAGUCAUGCUCGUAGCAGCAAUGACCAGUCCGUGGGCAAUUUUGGAGCAGCUACAGUCGUGGGCAGCAAUUCUUGGAGAUCACAUCGACAAAUUGUCUCUCGACAAUGACACGAGGCAACAGUGUCGACAGCUUAAUGUAAAAAAGUGGCAAGAAUAUAGUGAACCAGGUGACGAAUUAGACCCUGGAAGUCCGUUGAGACGUACGAGUCGAAACCUCGAUGAAGAAGCAGUUGACGGUUUGCCGUUACCCGAAGGAGUGCUCACUACCAAUUUGGGUCUGGACGUCGUUGUUGUUAUUACAAAGACGGAUUACAUGACAACGUUGGAAAAGGAACACGAUUUCAGAGAUGAACACUUUGAUUUUAUGCAACAAUGGGUGAGACGGUUCUGCCUGCAAUAUGGUGCAGGGCUUUUCUACACCUCUGUUAAAGAAGACAAAAACUGUGAUUUGCUCUACAAAUAUCUAACACAUAGAAUUUACUCUCUACCUUUCCGAACGCCGGCCUUAGUCGUUGAAAAGGACGCUGUACUGAUUCCUGCUGGUUGGGAUAAUAUGAAGAAGAUCAGUAUUCUUCAUGAAAAUUUGCAAACAAUGAAGCCUGAUAGUUAUUACCGGGACAUUAUAGCGCAGCCGCAAGUUAAUCGAAAGGCUGUCGCACGAGAAGUCGAGGUUCAGGCUGAAGAGGAGCAAGUAUUCCUCGCUAGACAGCAAGCAGCGUUAACUUGCUUGAAAGAUCCAACGCGAUCGCCGACCACGCGUAACCAGGCAAGCACUGGCCCCGUCAUACAGGUUGCGUCGCCAAACAAAAAAUUGGAUCCAAAGAGUGCGGGUGGAACGCCUGGUGGUGAAGGCGUGUUAGCUAAUUUCUUUAAUUCUUUACUCUACAAGAAGUCGGGAGCGACGCCAGGUUCUCCAGGCGCUCCAGGAAGUCCAGGUAGCGUUGGUUCUAGUCCAGCAAAACUUGAAAUAACGAGUCCCGACGCAGGGCCGGUGGAUAAAGCAGCGAUGCGGAACGAUGCGGCGGCGGAACUCGACCGGCUAACUCGUAUGAAAAAAGUACCUCCGCCAGAUUUAAAUUCGUCAUCCGAGUGCUAGGCUGGUGCAAGCUUCUAUCGCGACCCAUUCACAACGGCUUGGGAACUGGGACUGUAUAAAUUAGCUAUGGUGCUCCGGUACUCUGCUAAUUCUAGGAGCAAUCUACGAUUGGUGAAUUCUGAAAGCCUCGAAUGAUCUACUAUGUACUUCGGGUGAUGUUGACCGCGGUGAGUUUGUCGGCUAUGAGGAAGAGAAACAAAUAUUGAGCAAAGGAAUGAUGAUUCGGCUCUUAAUUUUGUAUCUGAGAAUCUGUAAUGCCAUUUUGGAUCGGUUGUUUUUUUAGGUAACUUAUUUCGAUAAUCUCGACCAAAUGCCGAGAUGCUGUACGGUUGACGUGUACUUGUUUGCCGUAGGCUUGUAAUUAUUUGGCUGAUUAAAUACUAAAUAGUGUAAAAUAAAUAUAACAAUGAUAGUACCUACUUUGAUUUAAGGCUCCUGGAUUAUUUAUUUCUUUCUAAGAGAAGAAAAGAAAAAGUAGAAAAGAAAAAGAAACUAUAAUAUAUAUUUGGCACGAAUUAACUAGGUAUUUACUACGAUGCUUAGGUAACUUACUUGUCUAGAGAUCUAACGCAGUGUAGCUUUAUUAUGGGCUGAGUCCUAACAUUGGGGAGUCUACGCGUGGUAUCAUGUCAAAUUGGUGUUAAGGGAGCAAUUUUUCACAACAGCAAAAGUGCAAUAUCAAAAUCUGGGAAUGAUAGUUGAUGAUAUGAAGACGUUCGAAACUACUCUACUAAUAAUAGAUACAUAGAUUGAAAAUGUGAAGGAUGAGCCGCCAAGGCUUGAAGGUUACAAUUUACAAUUUUUUUAAUUAAAAAAUAAUACCUAAUAUACCACAGCAGCUAUACACGAGACAACAGCCUUAAUUGUUGUAUUUUGAAAGAAUAUAAAUAGGUAGUAUAAAGUUUGAUUAUACAAACGACGAAAAGCAAAAGAAAACAUGCGUCUAGGUGAUAGGAUAUUUGAAAUAUUAACAAUAAAUUUCAGUUGUAUGUUUACGCACAUGUCCUUGCAUCUCGUCACGAUAGAAUUAUUCAAUUUUUUUGCUGUAGAUAAUUUUCAUCACAUUUUACAAUAACCAAUGUUUGAUAUUUAACUUUUGGGUUCCCUGCCAUCAGUUUAAUCUACGAGAGAAACAUGUAAAUUAAUGUGUAAACGAGUUUUUCAGAGCGCAGUGAAUAGGGGUAAGAACGUGAAAAGAUUUUGGAAGAAUACAAGAAUGUUCGUAAGAGUUGUAUAUUUUCAUGCGAGAUUAUUAAUUAUUUGUAGAUUUUUUCGUCUUUUUGUUUGUCGUUUCUUCGUAGGUUUAGAUUGCUUUUACAUGAAAAAACAAAAAAUUAAUAAAUAAAAAUUAAUAUGAAAAAUAAACAAGAGAUUGUCAUGA